GGUUUGGAUCACUCUGCCUGUUGGGACCCCGUUGAUCACUGAUCCCACACACGCGCCCUCUGCCGUCAACUUUCGCCAUGACUCGUUGGAUCGUGGCUCUGCUUCUCUGCGCCUGCGUGGCGGUUGCCUUGGCAGAUAAAGCUCCAUCGGCAGCUACCUGUGAGGCUCUCGCUGCUACAGUCAAAGCCGAAGGCAAGAAACGUUGGGAUGGACCGGCUCACACAUUUUGCGGAGAAACUCUGACCGAGAAGGCGAACGCUUACUGCCACUGUCAGGUCGUGCCGAGGAAGAGGGAACUGGAGCUAUCGGAAUUCUUGACUCCAGUCAAGGCCAACUCCUUCCUUUCUGGUCGUAACAUUGCCAAGCGAAGCCUGACCGAGGAGUGCUGUCAUGAAGGUUGUUACUGGGAGGAGAUUGAGGAGGUCUGCUAAGAGGCGAUUAUCCACGGAUGUUGCGCUCGAUAAGCCUGCUAUUAAUCCCUCUUUCAUAAUCCAAUUAACAAGGAAACGGUCUCGACAAACGAAUCCAUUUUGAAUUGCUAAAUUAUAUCUUUCAAGCCUCGACUGAUUUUUUCCCCAAGUUUUAGUUUAUCUUCCUUAAAAUCUUAUGAAAGUCAUAUUAAUUGGAUUAUUGCUUAUACUCAUUGGUGUUUGGUUAAAUAGGGAAAGUAACUGCAAGUUUAUUGAAAUGGAAAGGUGUUGCAUGUUUUGAAGGUGAAAUAGUAAAAUAUUUAUCUAGUUAAUAAUUUGGCUAUGAGAUAUCCACGGAAAUUAACAAACAAAACAAAUGCAUUGAUUUAAGGUUAUUUUAUUGAGGAUUUGGGUGAUAUGGCUUGUAUCCUUUCUGUUAAAGUUGAGUGAAGUCGAAGAGGCGUCAAUAUCAACCCGCGACCCAAAAAAGUACGGAUAAUUUGCAUGACAGAUGACAAAAUGAAAAUGAAAAUUUAUUUUAUUCUAUUUUGAUCAAAUAACAAAUAUUUUAAUCAUUAUUUUAUCUUCUUUUAAUUUGCUUUUAAGUCUAUCUUUUAAAAAUUUAAAUUGUACAAAUAUGACAGUUAUUGCCCAUUGUAUAAAGGUGUAAAUAAAUAUUUGACAGUGACCUACAA